UUGGCUAUACAUCACUUUGAAUCCACUGAUAACGCAAUAAAAUGACAACAAUAAAAAAGCCAUUUGAAGUGCACAAAAGUAUCUUGGAUGCUAGAGCAAAUAACAAAAAUAUCGUGUUGUAGCCGGAGCACCAGUUGGAUAUAAAUUUUCCUUUUGUGCGACUCUUAUAUGUCAGAGACUCUGGUGGUAUGUGAAAGAUAGCUGAUAAAACAAAUUUCCUGUGAAUUCGGCCAAUUUUAUUGGAAUUUCGUCACAGUCGAUUGAAAAUUAUGUUUUUCUAAGUGUCACGUGUCAAAAUAUAAUAUAAUAAAACAGUUCCCCAGUUUGUGAUUAUUUUUGUGAAAAAGUUGUAUUUCCGUGAUACAAAACAAUAAUGAACUCCUUUCUCCGUGGUUCCAGUAACUAUGUUUGGUGCACCACCAGUGUCCUGGGAAAAGGUGCCACUGGUGCUGUGUUUCAGGGAGUCAAUAAACAUAACGGAGAAGCCGUGGCCGUCAAAACAUUCAACCAGUUAAGCCAUAUGAGACCUCCCGAUGUCCAAAUGCGAGAGUUCGAAGUGCUUCGUAAGGUGAAACAUAACAAUAUCGUGAAACUGCUCGACAUCGAAGAUGAUCAGGAGGGCCGUGGAAAAGUCAUCGUUAUGGAGCUGUGUACUGGAGGAAGUCUUUUCAACAUUCUGGACGAUCCGGAGAAUACGUACGGGUUACCACAGAGAGAGUUCUUGCUGGUGUUGGAGCACCUGUCGGCCGGAAUGAAACACUUGCGAGAUAAUAAUCUGGUGCACAGAGAUUUGAAGCCAGGAAACAUAAUGAAGUACAUUUCCGAAGAUGGCCAGACAAUUUACAAGCUGACUGAUUUCGGUGCGGCCCGUGAGCUGGAAGAGAAUCAGCAAUUUGUUUCACUCUACGGUACAGAAGAGUACCUUCAUCCGGAUAUGUAUGAAAGAGCUGUUCUGAGGAAAUCUAUCAACAGGAGCUUUACGGCAAACGUUGAUCUGUGGUCAAUCGGUGUAACACUGUAUCAUGUCGCCACUGGAAAUCUACCAUUCCGUCCUUACGGUGGACGUAAAAACAAGGAAACCAUGCAUCAUAUCACCACAAAGAAGGCCCCGGGUGUAAUUUCCGGCACGCAGACUAGUGAAAAUGGUCCAAUUGAUUGGAGCAAUCAUUUGCCUGCACAAUGUCAGCUCAAGGAGGGACUCAAGUAUCUCGUUACACCCCUGCUUGCCGGUCUGUUAGAGGAAAAUCAAAAACGAAUGUGGUCUUUCGAUAGGUUCUUCUACGAAGUGCAGCAUAUUCUGAACAAGAAGAGGUUGCACAUCUUUUACACCAACCGAGCAACCGCUAUCGAGGUUUACAUGGAUCCAGAGGAGACUUGCUUCAACUUGAAGGAGCAUAUUUUUGUGCAAACGGAUGUUCCGCACAAUUCGCAACUGUUACUUAUGGAUUCGGAACUGUUUGAACUGAAAGUUGGUACCAAUAGCAGUGCACGCGGCUAUGCAGCUACCGAGGCCGAUCGACCUCUGAUGCUGUUUAAUAUCGAAAACAACAAUGUAACGCUUCCCACCGAGCUGGAUUUGCCUAAAUUUCCGUCAUUUCCUAGCGGCGUGUCGGUUGAAAACGACGCCAGUCAAGCGAAAGGUGCCUGCAGCGUUGGCCACGAGUGCAAAAGACGGGUGGAAACCUUUUCCAGUUUGGACUCGUUGAUGAGCAAAGCCGUGGAGCAAUUUGCCGGUUUACUGAAAAAUCUUCUUGUGAAACUGCACGAACGGGUUCAACACCUGGAAGAUAUUGGCAAUUCUGUUUGGGAAAUAGCCGAUUUGGCGGAAAUUGCCGUGCUGAAUAACGACGCUUAUCAAGACAAAGCAACUACGAUCAGCACAAAACUGAACGAACUGAAGGCAGCGUUUCAGCGUGUCGCUGACCCGGUUCAGCAACUCCACAAUCGCUUCGUCGUAGAGGAAUCACUCAGUCGAGAUUGGAAUUUGGCCUAUCGAGAUCUUCGCAGUCCCAACAAGCAUCGGGUCAACGAGAAGGCCAAGUAUUUAGUGGAUCGCUUACGUGAUUCCUGGCAGCAUCUGUUGCGGGACCGUGCGACCCGCUCGUUAACAUACAACGAUGAACAGUUUCACGCACUGGAAAAGAUCAAGAUUACUGAAACUGGUAAGCGGAUUAAGUCACUAUUGAAUGAGGACGUAAGACCAGCGGUCGAGUUGGAAGCAGAAUGCCUGGCCGACUGGUAUAAAAAGGCCCAGACGAUAUUUCUGCAGACACAGUUCCUUCACAAGGACGUCGUUACCCACGAGGAAAUGCUGUAUGACAUUCGGGACCGUCUGGUUCAGAUCAAAGAAGAUCUAAAAGAGGACAUCAAAAACGACGGAGAGGUUUCCAAGAUUGCCAACGAAACUACGGUUAACGAGCAGAACCUGGAGUGCAUGAAAAAGUCCAAGGAAAUGCAGAGUUAUUUGAGGACUUUGUUCAACUAUCAGCGUGAAAUCAAGAAAAUUCUUCAGCAGAAUAGUGAACUUGUUGACGCGGUUCAAAUGUGUACGCUUAAAAGCGAAGAUACAUCAUAAUGUUCUUCCUGAUAGCUAAUUUAUGAAUUGUAUUCGAGAGACUUGUGACGCUUGUUUUUUAGUGCUUGCGUACCACUUAACUGAUUUUAUUAUUCUUGGUAUUCCAACUACUUUCAGGGUAAUUUUAGCUAUACAGCACCUAUAUAGUAUUUGAACAUAAUUUGUCGAAAAAGUUUUUAUUUUGAACUAUAUAAUCGAUUAGUUUUAUUCAUGGUUUUGACUACAUUCUGUUAUCAAAAUAAAAGCAAAGCAAUUGUACUUGAUAUGAUUAAGACAAGUAUCUCAUCGCAAUAAAAAUGAGAAUUCUAGCUUAACGUUAAUUAUUUGAACGAUAAA